AUGGAGCUGCUACGAUGUCUGGUGUGCUCGAUGGACAUGACGCCGUGGAGUCUGGCGGACCGCGAGGCUCAUUUAAAUGCGUGUCUGGACGCGGCUUCGACAGUACAGCGCUUUGACUGCCCCACAUGCAGCCAGGAUCUCUCGCAUUGUGAUGAACGCCGACGGACAGAGCACGCGAAUCGCUGUCUCGACAGGGCGGAGGUGUCGGUCGGCAACGCUCAGGGAAACGGACAGGACUAUGACAGCGAGAGCGAGUGCGCCUACGUGUGCAAAAUCUGCGGCUUCGACAUGUCGGAGAUUGAUCUGAUGCGUCGCAUCCGUCACGUGAAGCUCUGUGGUCAGAAAUUUGGCGUGCGACCUGAAGACAUGGGGGAGGUAGACCAAGCUGAGACUAUCGGACGGAGGCUGGAAAAGAAGGGUGAGGCGCCAGAUGCAUUUGCUAUUAUGAUGAAAUCGUCAACAAGAAAAGAGGAAGCUUCAGCUGCUGCUAUGGAGAGGUCGAAUGUGUUUGACCUGUUGAUGCGGAGUUCCAAGACGGCGGCGGUUCUCAAUGCUAGGAAACGCCCCGUGCCUUUUAAAUUUACUCGCAAGGCAAUCCAACGACGUCGGCUUUUGUACCCUGACUUCAAGUGCAUUCAGGGAACAGACCCGCCCUUCAUAGUGGAUGGCUUCCAGUAUGCUUGCAAGGAGAAUUCAAGCAUUUACUUUCUGACUCACUUUCACUCCGAUCACUAUGGUGGUCUCACCAAGAACUUCGACUGCGGUAUCAUUUAUUGCAACGAAAUUACAGCAAGGCUCGUCGUGCAAGAGCUAGGUGUCCAGAGCAAGUAUAUCCAUGCAGUAGGGAUGAACACACCUGUGUUUGUCGCUGGUGUGCAAGUGACUUUCAUGGACGCUAAUCAUUGUCCUGGCUCGGCCAUUAUUCUGUUCCGCCUGAAAGACGGCAAGACAUUUCUGCACACUGGCGAUUUCCGGUUCAACCGGAAAAUGCUGGAAUAUCACGCGCUUCAGUCUCAUAUUCCGACUGGAAGUGAAACGAUCGAUCACAACGGCAAAAUUGUGGGUCUCAAUCGUCUGGAUGGCGUGUACCUUGAUACCACGUACUGCAAUCCUAAGUACACAUUUCCAACCCAGCAAGUUGCUAUUGACCAUGCUCUCGAACUCAUAGACAAACACUUUAAGCAGGACAAAGUGCUCUAUCUCUUUGGGUCGUACACGAUCGGCAAAGAGCGGUUGUUUAUGGAGAUCGCACGAAAGUUCCAGAAGAAAGUGUGCGUGUCGAAAACGAAGCUAAAAAUCAUCGAAACGUUUGGCUGGCACUCACAAGAGAUGAAGCUACUGACGACGGUGCCCACAGCAACAAACUUGCAUGUUGUUCGAAUGCAGGACCUUCAAAUGGAUAAUCUAAUCGUGCUGCUUGCAAAAAAUCGAUUACGUUUCCACCGGAUCGUGGCAUUUCGUCCCACGGGAUGGACGUUCAGCGGCAAGAAUCCGCGAUCAAUUUCUACGUGUUGCACAGACCCUUCCGGCAAAAUAUACGUCUACGGCAUCCCGUACAGCGAACACUCGAGUUUUGCAGAGCUCUGUGACUUUGUUCAAGUAGUAAAUCCCGUUUCUAUCAUCCCGACGGUAUUAUCGACUCUGCGAUUGCUUAUACCUAUCACGCGACCUAACUUGAUUUUGCAUUCCUUCAGGUAA